AUGUUGUCCGCCAACACACCAAAGAAAAUGACUUAUGUCCGUUUGGGAAGCUCGGGUCUAAAGGUUUCGCGACUUAUCCUUGGAAUGGGAAGCUAUGGAAACAAGACAUGGUAUGAAUCAGCACUCGAGGAGGAAGAUGGAAUUAAACAAAUCAAGGCAGCAUAUGAAGCUGGUAUUCAGACCUUUGACACCGCAAACUCGUACGCGAAUGGAGACUCGGAACGUAUUCUCGGCAAAGCGAUCAAGCAGUUGAAUCUACCUCGAGAGGAGAUCGUGAUUAUGACCAAGGUAUACUACCCCGUAGCGCCAACCUUCACCCUUCCUGGGCAAGGGGCAAACGCGGCGGGCUACGUCAACCAGUAUGGCCUCAGCCGAAAGCAUAUAUUCGAAUCCAUCAAACACUCGCUCGAGCGUUUGCAACUUGAUUAUGUCGAUGUUCUGCAAUGCCAUCACUUUGACGAAGACACUCCCAUCUCUGAGACCAUGCAAGCUCUCCACGACGUCGUCAAGGCAGGAUACGCCCGCUAUAUUGGGAUGUCAAACUGCUAUGCCUACCAGUUUCAAGCUAUGCAGAAUUAUGCGAUCACCAACAAGCUCACGCCGUUCAUAUCGGUGCAGAACCAAUACAAUCUCAUCUGCAGAGAAGAAGAGAGGGAAAUGAUACCGACCUUGAAGAUGUUCGGAGUUGGAUUGACCCCAUAUUCUCCACUCGGGCAGGGCUUGUUGAGCCGGCCUUUUUCGGAGGCGUCAUCUAGGGAGAAGACUUUCCCCCAAUUGAAUCAAAUCAAGGAGCAUAACAAGGGGACUAUUAUCAGCCUCGAACAAAUCGCCCAAGCCCGAGGAGUUAGUAUGGGACAAGUGGCACUCGCGUGGCACCUAUCUAAAAACGGAGUGACUCCUAUCAUUGGCGCAAGCAGUCCAAGAUCACUGGAGGACAAUCUUGGUGCAAUUGAUAUAAAGCUAACAGACGAGGAGAUUCAAGCGCUCGAAGAGCCAUAUGUCGCGCAGCCCCCCCAAAUCGAAUAUUAG